UGAAAAUACCACAAGUGAAGCUUGCGCUCAACCACAGGCGAAUAAAAUUAGUCUACUUUGGCCUCACAACCAAUACACAUCAACAAGCGUAUGAAGAUGAGUCUCAGCGCAAGCACCUUAGUCAAUCGCCUUUUGCGCCCGCGGCAUUCGCUACUUCACGUACAGCACCGAGGACUGACGACGCGAAGACAGCCAAAGGCGGUACGGUCAUUCGUACACGAGCAUUCUCAUCCUAAAAGACUUCCCAGACAUGCGCAGCACCACCCUGCGCAUAAGACUAGCUUGGACCACAAUGCAUUCUCCUUCAGUGGCGCCGGGUGGGCUUCGGCAUUCCAUCUUGGUGUAGUUUAUGCCUUGCAAGAGUAUGGAUAUUUUACUCAACACGGUCUGUCCAAGCACGAGCACUCAGAUAGAAUUAGUAAGGAGGAGAUGGUGCAUUCUGAUAAUACCGACGUCUACAAGCAUGUAAGUGAGCGCGAGUUCUCACAUAAACAUCAGAGCAAAUUUACACCUGCUUACCCAUAUCUGGCCGGUGCAAGUGGUGGAGCCCUCACAGCUGUGUGGAUUGCCUGCGGACUGCCCGUGAAGCAUAUGAUGGAGAGCGCAAGGCAUAUGGGCGAUUAUUGUAACGAUAACAAUGGGAUAUAUGGCAAUUUAGCCCCAGUAUUGCGGGAGAUGUUGAUGAGAGAACUUCCGGACGAUGCUCAUAUUCGUUGUAGUGGAGUUGUUGGUAUACAUGUCUUGCGUAUAUGGCCAAAUCCUUCGUCGGAGUCACUGGUUAUAGACCAGUUCGGCACAAAGGAGGAAUUGAUCUCUGCCGCAUUGGCUUCAUGCCACAUACCAGGGUAUCUUCACAGGGGACGCCCGUAUCACGAACAUAAAGGCGAGAAACUGGUGGAUGGAGGUCUGCUAAAGAUUGUUCCAUCACUACCUAAGAAUUUGAACGGUGUGCAUGUCUGUGUUCUUCCUUCAGAAUAUGCGAUUGGCUGUGAGGUUGAUAUCUGUCCAAAUAAGGUCCCGCGCGAGACUUGGGCUGGUCGAUCUGUAUUCAGAUAUGCUUACAACAUGUUGAUGCCGCCGGAGGAUCUAAAAGCGUAUGGCGAUGAGCUAUUUGAGCGCGGAUACGAAGCAGGACAGCAGUGGGUAGUACACGGAGCACCAACUCAUCGAAAUGGGAACACGCAAUAAUAUCGCAGUGCCGAAUUAACCAGCUAGGAUAACCUGAAGAAAGAAAUCAAUACAGCCGAACAGAUACAGCCGUCGAUUCAUAUCGUUAUAGUCCAAAGCCCUAUAAAUAUGUUAUAACCCUAUUGAGGUUUUCAUAUGAAGUAACCUGGUGUAGUAUUCUGCCACGGUUAACAUUUUAUGUUAAGCUAAUAGAUUUUUCCGCCUAAACAAUCCAACUGCGAUAAUACACUUGAAGAAUGGCUAAGCUGACUUACAGAGACAUGGUAGAGUUCAAGCUUAACAUUGAAUUCAUAAAUAAACUCUCAAAAAAUGAAC